AUGGUAUAUAGAGCCAAACCCUUGGCGUUUUGUCCCAAUCUAUAUCUCUUAUUACGCGCCCCGUCCCCUAGUCGCGCGCCCUGUCUCGUCGCCGCGCCCUGUCCCGUCGCCGCGCCGCCCUCCCCCUGCCCCGCCUCGUCGCGAGCCCUAGCCACCGCCACGUCGCGCACCCUGCCCGUCGUUGACGCGUCGACGGCGACGCGCGCGGCCUCCCCGCCGUCGACGCCCGCGCGCGUGUUCUGCCCACCGCCCUCCAUCUCCCCGGCCACCCUUCCCUCCUCGCGGCCACCCUCCCAUACCCUCUCCUGUCCGUGUUUCGUCGCCUUCCACACCUUUCCUCCUCCUCUUGUUUCUCCCCUCAGCGGCGCAGCAGCAGACUACUUCGCCGCUAUCCCUCCUCCUCUUGUUUCUCCCCUCAGCGACGCAGCAGCAGACUAUUUUGCCGCUAUCCCUCCUCCUCUUAUUUCUCCCCUCAGCGGCGCAGCAGCAGACUACUUCGCCGCUAUCCCUCCUCCUCUUGUUUCUCCCCUCAGUGGCACAGCAGCAGACUACUUCGCCGCUAUCCCUCCUCCUCGUAUUUCUCCCCUCAGCAGCGCAGAAGCAGACUACCCCGCCAUUAUCCCUCCUCCUCUUAUGUCUCCCCUCAGCGGCGCAGCAGUAGACUACUUUGCUGCCAUCCCUCCUCCUCGUAUUUCUCCCCUCAACGGCUCAGCAGCUGAGUACCUCACCCCUAUUCGUCCUCCUCUUUUCUCUCCCCACAACUGCUUUAUUGCUAUUCCCUCCCCCAUAUGGGGCCUCUUCUCACUCUUACCUCUCUUCCUCUGCGCUUCCGCCCUCACCCUCCUUCUACCGUACCUCCUCUCCUACCCUUGCCUCCCUUCGCUGCCCCUUCCUCCCCUUGCACCUCUCCUCCUUGUCGCGGGACCUCCCCUCUUCUCCACUCCUCUGCUUUGA